AGAUACUCCGGAUCAGACAUUAAAAUAGAUGACUUCCCCUCUCUGUUACCAUUCGUCUUUAAGCCAUCAGCAGUUCUAGUUAUAUUUUGUUUUGCUAGUCUUAAGAGGACAAAAGAACUCCUUGUGCCACUUGUAAUCAGAAAACAAUUGGAAAACAUUGACUGUGCUUCAGUCAUGUCCCCUCUGUACACUGCAAUAUGUUUGGCUGUGCUGUUUGAUCCAAUAGGCACCACAAUAAUUCAGACUGAUGUUUUCGACAGCUGCAAGUGGAAGUGUUUGCUAUUUGCUCAACUGUGGCCAGGAUCAUUCUGCAUGACUUUGCCAAAACAAGACUGCAGGAUCCCGGAUCAUGUGGAAGGAUGGACUAUACAUGGACUAUGGCCAAGUGGGCGCCGAACCUGCAAUCACACAUGGCAUUUAACUCAUGAGGACAUUGACGACCUUCAAGUUGACUUGUUCCUUCACUGGCCAAGUCUAACCAAUACUGAUGCUUUCAAGUUUUGGGGGAAUGAAUGGAUAAAACAUGGUACCUGUGCUGCCUGUGCUGACAGCAUGUCCUGCCCACAUAAGUACUUCAGCCUUGCACUCCAACUACAGAAACAGUUUGCCAUCAAUGAGGCCUUCAUUGCUGCUGGUAUCACCCCUUCUUGUGAUAAUAGCUACAAGUUGGAACAUUUCCACUCGGCCCUAACUGAUAUGGGCACUCAUGUCGAGUUCCAGUGUUGCACACUCAAGAAACGCCAGGUUCUCAUGCAAAUCAAAGUUCCCCUAAGUAAGGACUUGUCUAUCGGCUGCAAUCAUACCGAGGAACAUUUCAGCAAUCAGUAUUAUCAUCCAUGUACAAACAAGGCUGAAAUAUACUUCUAUCCCUUCACACAUCAUCCACAUAAUCCUUGUCCCUAAAGGGAUCUUCUAUUUACAUUGUUGUUGUUUUCAGGAUGACUGCUUUUGAUUGAAAUCUAUUAGGUGCCCUAUCUUCUGAUAUUCCAUGUAAGCCAAAUGAUUAUUUGUCUGUUAUGUUUCUGGGUGAAGGGCAAGGCAACAGUGUCAUUAUUAUGAUAAACGAUUGUGUCUGGCCCUUCUUCAUUUAUCUUAUGAUUCAAAAUGUAAUUAAGUUUAACCUACUGAUUUUUUUAGCCUUAUUGUGUUGCAUUUCAUUUGACAAGGUUAACAUUCAAUCUCCAGAACUGUAUCUCUAAGUUCAUUUCUGGCACGUUGUUUUCUCUAUUAAAUCAAAGUGGCACCUCUGUCAGUUCUGCUCCCAAUGAGAAUUAUUAUCUGCCCCAUACUUGCAUUAAUAUCCUUUAUUGGCACAGACAUUUGCAUUCAUCUGAGAUUAUUCAACAAUUUAAAAUUUGUCUUUUUAUUUUAAAAAAUGUUAGUCCAUUCAGCUUCACUUCAUUGUAUUAUGUCUCUUAAAUUCCUGUUUCAUGAAGGGAUUGUAAAUUGAGGACUAUUGUUAUUAUUCGCUCUUAUGAUUUUGGUGUACUUCCAAUAUUUACUUAUGACGUAGAAGGAAGCCAAUCGGCCCACUGAGACUAUUCUGGUUCUCAGAGCGACCCCAUUCACCCACUCUAAUCUAUUCUAUAACACAUGUUUAUUAACACAAUCCUGAUUCCCCAAUAGCCAUCUCCACUAGGGGUAAGUUACAAUGGCCAAUUCACCGAACAGUCUGCAUGUCUUUGAGCUAUGGGAGGAAACUAGAUCACCUGGGGAGAAACGCAUACUGUUACAGAGAGAAUGUACAAACUCCAUACAUACAGAAGUAAAGGUCAGAAGUGAAUCUGGGUUGCUGAAGCUGCAAGAAAUCUGAAUUACCUACAGUGCCACUGCGCCACUCAUAGCUCUUGGAGUGACUUUAUGGAGUUAAAUGGGAUGAUAUAUUAUUAAAGCACAUUACUGAGACGUAUAAUAUGGCGUUAUCCAGCAGCUGACCAUGGAAAACCAGUUAAAGAUCAAAUUUACAGUUUUGUAUUUCACAAGGCUGUUUUCAACCUUUUUGUAACCUUUAUUCAAAAGAUUGAUUUUAUCAUUUCUUUACUAGAAAACAUGGUAUUUUAUAAAUGUUUAACAUCAAUAAAUCAUUUAUGAAAGU